CAACCAUUCAUCUUAAUUCACGUAUGAAUGUGUCAAAUGGUGUUGCUUCUUCCAUGCCAAGUCUUCCAUAUUCUUUCUUAAUUUCCUAUAUAUAUACCCCUCUUAUUUCUAUAGACACCUAUAUAAUCUUUUCAAGUUUCUUCUUCUACCUUCUUUUGAUUGUUGCAAAAAUUCAAGAAAGAAAUUAUGGCUGAAGAUAAAGUUUAUGAAAGAACUUUGGAAGAAACACCAACUUGGGCUGUUGCAGUUGUGUGUUUUGUGUUGCUUGCUAUUUCAAUCGUAAUUGAACAUAUUAUUCAUGCUAUUGGCAAGUGGUUCAAGAAGAAAAACAAAAAUGCUCUUUAUGAAGCAUUGGAAAAAGUCAAAGGAGAGCUUAUGUUGAUGGGAUUUAUAUCCUUGCUCCUAACUGUGUUCCAAGAUUAUAUUUCCAAAAUAUGCAUAUCAGAAAAAGUUGGAUCAACUUGGCAUCCUUGUUCCACUCCAAAAACAAAAACUGCAUCUAAUGAUGAAAAUUCUGAGAGUGAAAACCAUGAUAGAAAACUCUUGGAAUAUUUUGAUCCUAACCCUAGGCGAAUUCUUGCUACAAAAGGAUAUGAUCAAUGUGCUGAUAAGGGUAAAGUUGCUUUGGUUUCUGCAUAUGGAAUUCAUGAACUCCAUAUAUUCAUUUUUGUGCUGGCAAUAUUUCAUAUUCUACAAUGUAUAAUAACACUAGCUUUGGGAAGAUUCAAGAUGAGGAGGUGGAAGAAAUGGGAGGAUGAAACAAGAACCGUUGAAUAUCAAUUCUAUAAUGAUCCUGAGAGGUUUAGGUUUGCAAGGGACACAACAUUUGGAAGAAGACACUUGAGCAUGUGGACCAAGUCACCCAUUUCAUUAUGGAUUGUUUGCUUCUUCAGACAAUUCUUUGGAUCUAUUAGUAGAGUUGAUUAUUUGGCACUAAGGCAUGGAUUUAUCAUGGCACAUCUUGCCCCAGGAAAUGACGCAGAAUUUGAUUUCCAAAAGUAUAUUAGUAGAUCACUUGAAAAGGAUUUUAAAGUUGUAGUGGGAAUAAGCCCAACUAUCUGGUUCUUUGCAGUGCUAUUCCUUCUUACAAAUACUCAUGGGUGGUAUUCUUCUUAUUGGCUUCCAUUUCUCCCACUAAUUAUAAUAUUAUUAGUAGGAGCUAAGCUACAAAUGAUCAUAACAAAGAUGGGACUAAGGAUUCAAGAUAGAGGAGAAGUAAUCAAGGGUGCACCUGUGGUUGAGCCAGGAGAUCACCUUUUUUGGUUCAAUAGUCCCAACCUUCUUCUCUUUAUAAUUCAUCUUGUUCUCUUUCAGAAUGCCUUUCAACUUGCAUUUUUUUCUUGGAGUACAUAUGAAUUCUCUAUAAAUUCUUGCUUCCACAGAACAACUGCAGAUAAUGUCAUUAGAGUCUCAGUAGGGAUUUUAAUACAAUUUCUAUGUAGCUAUGUCACUUUGCCUCUUUAUGCUCUAGUCACACAGAUGGGUUCAACCAUGAAACCAACCAUUUUUAAUGAAAGAUUGGCAACAGCACUCAAGAAAUGGCACCACACAGCCAAAAAGCAAGUCAAACACAACAAACAUUCGAACAACACAACACCGUACUCAAGCAGACAAUCAACCCCAACACAUGGCAUGUCACCUGUUCAUCUUCUACAUAGACAAACUUUUGGCAACAGUGACAGUUUACAAACUUCUCCAAGGACUUCUAACUAUGAAAAUGAGCAAUGGGAUGUUGAAGGAGGAGGAUCAACUUCACCAAGAAACAACCAAACAGUAGCAUCUGAGAUUGAGAUACCAAUUGUCGAGUCAUUUUCGACAACUGAAUUGCCGGUUAGCGUUAGACAUGAAAUCGGCACAACUUCAAGUUCAAAAGAUUUUUCUUUCGAGAAGCGACACAUCGGUAGCAAUUAAAUUUGUAGAUAUUGUUGCUAACCAGUUCAAUGUACAGCUUCAAUGCCAAUUAAGUACAUUCUUGCAGCUGAAGAUAAAGGAAUUUCUUUGAAGAAUGGAGGGUAAUUUUGUUGAGGAAGCAUGAUUUGUGGAUGGAUUUAAUCAUGAGUUUGUGAAAAUGUAAAUCAAUAUAUUUUGUGAAGUCUGCUUCAUGUGCAAAUGAUUUGUGGAUGUAUUUGAUAAACUAACCAAGCACAAAGGGUUAACUAUUUUCCUUCCUUGAAUUAUGUGUGAAAUAUAUUUCACUGCUAUCAA